GGAAAGACGCAAGGAGUAAGAGUUGGACGAGAUCGUCAACUGUCUAACAUUCUGCAGCGCUUUUUUAAUUCAUAAUUUCGCCAGUGUAUGUGUAGGCUCAGUUGGCUGAACUAUAAAUUGAUGCCGUUCGCGCUUGUUAACACAAUUCAUGAAUAAGUUUCGUGUUAGAAAAUUAAAUCUUAUUUGAAAUACUCUUUUGCGCCCCCAAUUGGUUGAGCGGUCACUUGAGUGAGUGAGUCGGACCUAUGAACUGAAGAUAAAAGUUCGUGAAAACUGAAAAUCAUACCUCAAUACUUGGAUACUCUCUACUAUAGUAAUGCCAUCAUUUCAGCGAUAUGGACGUCUUUCAGACGGUAUGGAAGAGCUUAGUGAGGAAGACAGUAGCUCAGAACAAUGUGCUCUGCUGGCUGCAAAUGCUGACUCAGGUCAGGCUCAAGCUGAGCAGCCACCAACAGUCUCCAUUGUAACUGUAGGAGCACCUUCUCUUCCUCAAGCAACAGAAGAGUUGGGGCCUCCCAAAGUUGACAUGUCAGCACCUCCACCAUACAGUGAAUGUAAUGACGGACACUCAACAAUUGUGGCCAUUGAUGGACCGAUGUGCAACAUCAGCCUUUCAGGAGCUGGAUUGAGCGGAGAUCUGGCGGGCAUUGAACCCCCUUCGUACGAGGAAGUGCAGCGCAUCAAAGCUGUUGAGGCUCAACUGGAAUCAGGGGACCACAUUCUCAUGCCUCCUCACACUACAAUGGCAGAUGGGGAGACCAGCGACAGUAGUGAGUGUGGACGAGGAACUCAAGAAGACCUCUUAGGGACUGACAUGCUCUUCUUCCUCUCGUUUGCUGCUGCUUUCCUGUUCAACUGGGUUGGCUUUGUGGUGCUGGUGUGCUUCUGCCACAGUGUGGCGGGCCGGAGCGGCGCACUAGCAGGCUUUGGCUUGUCGCUGGCCAAGUGGGCACUCAUCAUGCGCCACUCAUCCAUGCUCGCUAAGGAAGCCAACAACUGGCUCCUUUGGCUCAUCAUGCUACUCGGCGUGGUGAUCAGCAUGCGGGCUGUGCUGCAGUAUGUCACCGCCAAGCGUGAGUGGCAGCGAGCUUCAGUUGCCACAAGAAACCGCUUCCUGCUGUUCCACUGAGACCUGCGCUACUCAUGAGGCCUCCAUUGAAUAACUGGUCGUCCUAAUUGAUUAAUACCUAAUUAAUCAUCUAAUUAAUUGAUAACUCUGUUCUUGAUUUCAGAAGCAUCUAGCAAAAGGUUAUCUAGUCCUGCAAGAGCGCGAUAGUGCUGCUCAUAUUCUGUUUGAUAUUUUGCACGUUUUCAAAUGGGAUUACCUGUCGGUGAGUUUUAGCUUUCAUGCAAAUGAUUAUAACGGUUUUAGUUGGUGUUUCUCAUCACGGCUUCAUGGUGGCAGUUGAUGGUUGCGUGAAAAAUACAGCCGUUCAUUUGCUUUAUAUUAAUUACUAGAGGCUUAAAUUUUGUUAUUUUAACUAGCAAGUUUUACCUUGUACUAUUGCGUUCAAUAUAAUCUACAUAGACUACACUUUUACAAAAUUUCUAUUUUUAAUGAAAGCAUAGUCUUGUUUUCUUUGGAAAUUAUAUAUAGCAUUAAGUGAUGAGUUACUUUUUGAUUGUUAUAUAGGAAGAUUAACUCGUCUACGAAUCUAAUUAAUUUAAAACCUUAUUUAUGUAUAAAUCUAAAUCUCUACCUUUUGUUACAAAAGAUUAAAUUGCCAAGUCAAGUUGUGGCUUGGGUAGUACAUGGCCAUGGCCAUGACAGGUCUUGGUCAGAGGCAGCAGCUACAGUUGGCUGAUGAAGUAAAUACUUCACUUUCUUAUCCCUCGCUAUCACCGCAAAAUUAAUGAAUAAAGCCAAGAGUAAAAUACGUGUUGAUAUUAUUAGGAACUAUUCAUGUUACUAGCAUGUUCAUUAGUAUUGAGCAUGUAAGAUUUUUUGUUGGUGUUUUUGCUUUGUUCACUGCCAUACAAUUUAUUUUCCUAUAUUACAAGAAAGAGGAAGGGGAUAAUAUCUUUAUGAUUUGAUUUAUGUGUUCCUGACCGCUGAAUAUUUACAAUUUAAUUUAUUCUUCAAUUGGGAACAUUAAUUUUUUUAUAGCAGUUUGAGUGUGAAUAUUAUUUAGCACUGCUUUCCAGGGGAAUUUUUAUGUGUAUCUAUGCUAUAAAUUUUGGAUGGCGCAAUCUUGUAGUUUGACUUGCUUGCGGUCAUUCAUACGUAUAUUCUUUCUUUUGCAUCGAAUGUGACUUCACCUCGUCAAAAGUUCAGUAUUCCAUGUUCUUAGUUGUUUGCUUUAAUACUAUUUUAGUCAAUGAAUUUUUGCGGUCAGUUUUCAGUAGCUUUAAUAGUCAUCAUCUUUCCAAAAAAAGUCCUAGUACAACUUUAGUCAUAAUUUAUUUAAUUUAUAUCACUCAAUUAACAUUCUAUCUUAUUAUUCAAUACGUCCAAAUGUGUGCGCAACAUGCCUCAGACUCGACAAAGCAUCAAUAAAAUUUGUCCCUCUAUGUUAACUGAUAUAAACUAGCUUGACUAUGUGUCCGGACAAUAUUUGCGUAUUACAAGCUCUUCUAACUUCUGAUUUAAAUUUCACUUUCUGAUGACAUUUAUGCAGCUUUUAGCUCUAACAGAUUUCAUUAUCACUUGGAUAAAAAGUCUACAUUAAGACAGCAAACGUUUCCUCGCAUUCUAAGUUCUUCAUAGCUUUCUGGAUGUGACUUUAAUAUAUAUUGUUUUCAUUUAUGGCUUAUAUGCGUCUAUAAUGCAGUGCUUUUCAUAUUAAUCUUCAUUUCAUUGCAGUCAAAUUUAUUUUUAUGAGGGUUAAGAGCUACUCAGCAUGUGUUCUAUACCUUGCGUUCUGUUGAAAUACCUCGUCAAAUAUGACAAUUUUUAGACAAUUAUUCUCAGUUUGAUAUUCGUCUUGCGAGGCGAUGAUUUCAUGCCGCGUUCACUGUGGAUAUUAACGAAAUGUUUGGUAAUGGACGCGAUACGAUUCUGGUUAACUAAUUAAUUUA